UGUUUCAGUUUUAUAGCCAAUUUUCAUCUAUUGUUUUUUCCAUUGCGUCUCUUAGUAAGCGUGCAUAAAAUUUUGUUUUGUUACAAUUUAUCAAAAGCAACAAAAAUAAGAGAAAAUGAACGAUGACGUAGAACAACAGCUUAUACAAACCUGGGAGCGAAUUUUUGAUGUAGAUGAUGUAGAUCGAACAAUUCGAAUCACUUAUACUGAAUCACUGCCAGGAGAAACGUUUGAUGGACAUUAUGUUGCAGAAGAUGUAUACAAAUAUUUCAAACAAUUUGGCGAAAUAAAAUCAACUCUACAUUAUGGACGUUAUGGCAAAGGAAACUAUGCACUUAUUGAGUUUAAGUGUAAAGAAAUUGCUGCUCAGACGGCGAUGCGGCAACGAUUCAUAAUCAACGGUUCAAAAUUCAAAGUUGAAUCUCUUAAAAAAACUGAUACAUUAAUAUACGAUCUGCAAUGUAUAGAUCUUGGAAAUAGUAUUCCUGUUCAUCCGUCAAAGAGCGAUUCACCUGAAAAUAUUCUGAUGGCUUUGAAUAACGACUGUAUUCGAUUGGUAUUUGAAAAAAUAUCGAAUAUCAGAGAUUUUUAUUCGAUUUCAAAAGUUUGCAAACAAUUUGAUCAAAUCGGCAAAGAGAUUUUUUCGUCAAAAAUAAAACGGGACGGUGUUGAUUUAAGAGAAUACAGACUCUGUACUGAACAACAAAUUGAAAAAUUUUUACGCGACUUUGGUUCUUCAGUUGAAUCAUUAGAAUUCAGCGAAUAUUAUAUGGAGAAUAAACCAAAUUCAAAUACUCUUUUAAAAUUGUUUCAUAAAUAUUGCAAAAAUCUCAUUAAACUUGACAUUCAAGUUUCCGGUGUUGAAAAUCAAACGGUGGCUGAGAUUCAAUCAUUACUCUCGAAUUUAAACUGUUUACACUCGAAAUUUGUAUGUGAUUCUGAUUUCGGAUCAUUCGAUGAUUUCAUUGCAUCUUGUUCUCAGUUGGAAAUUUUGAAACUAUCAUGUUGUUGUCGUGCAUCCAAUUUAUCAAUGGCAAACGUCAACUUGACAAAAUUAAUUGAAUUCGAUUUGAUGUCUAAGAACAUAGGAAUUGAUGCAUUUUUAGAACGCAAUCCACAAAUUGAAAAGUUAAGCGUGCGUGGCUUUUUUUAUCUGAAUAUGCCAAAAAUUCAGCAAUUGACUUUAUGUAUUGAAAAUGAAUCCAUUACUGAAGAACAGAGCCUCCACUUGAGAAGCUUGAAUGCUUCGACAAUAAAUCUAGAUAUAUCACUUGAUGAUUCGAUCACUAAUAUUUUUCGUUUGAAAAAUAUUCGCCAGCUCACACUUAACGUUAAUUCAUCAUUUAACGAGGACUAUUUAAUUUUAUUGGCCAAAAAUGUACCAUAUCUUGAACGCAUAUCUAUUUGCCACCAAUCAACUUAUAACAUAGAUUUCGAUAUGGUCAAAAAAAUGUUACGGCAUGCAAAUCAUUUGGUAGAUUUAAAAAUAGAUUGGCCUGAAAAUGUCAUUCAACACUUUGAUGAGAAUGAUUAUGAUGAUAUAUUGAAACUCGUUAAAAAUCGUGCCAAUCACAUAAAAUUGGACAUUAAAUUUACUAGUACAACAACAUUGUUUGUCAAAACUAACGGGCUUAAAAAAAAAUUGAUGAGAUUUGAAACAGAUUCCCAAUACUUAUGCGUUUCGAAUUAUUACCAAUAUUCGAUUUGGAAUUAAUGUCGAUCUUAUCUACAGAAGUUACAUUGUCAGUGGUGGAGUAAUUAUAGAAUAGUUUUAUGCAUUUUGUUAGUUAGAUUUGGUAUUGUCUCCAAUUAAAUCCAAUGAAAACUCAAAUUCUAUGGAUUUAAUUGGUGGCAAUACAAAAAAAAAACCAACAAACUGAUCGCAAAAUUCAGCAACACAAAAAUU